AUGAAAGGUUGUAGGAGGCAAAAGGAUAUCACUAACAGUGCAUCCGUUGAUAACGAUGCUUCGACAUUUCUCUCAGAGCCAUUCCUAAGAGAAAAUCAAAAAACUCGUUUAAAUGGUUAUAUCUAUCUGCAUCGAGUUGCAAUAGCAUUAGCAAUAAUAUUUACAACGAUCGGCAUCAGUCUGAGCUCUGCUGCAAUUUUAUUACCAUCGUGGCAAAUCGUACACUUAUUCGAAUAUAAUUCUGUGCAUGAACAUGGUUUAUGGUUGGACUGUACGAGAAACAGCAGAGGUGAACUAAGCACGAUGAGAAGACAUCACACAGAAACUGAACCAUUAUUUUGUGUUUACAAAUGGGAUUAUGACGAAAAUGUUGGAACUAUUGGAGAUGAAUACCAUGAUUCAAGUCCGAUUGGUGAAGUUAAUCGGCACAAAUUAUACGGAUGGCAAGCAACAACAUUAAUACUUCUUGGAAUUGCUCUUCUAAGUGCGUUGCUAUCCAUUUGUGUCGGAUUUUGCUCUUGUCGCUACCAUUUUUUAUCUCUCUUCUUCGUUGCAACAACAUUGCUCUCAACAUUUUUCUCAACGAUUGCCGAAUGCAUUUUCUUUUUUUAUUCGCAUAGAGCAGAUAAUCGUUUCAUAAAUGGUAUCGUAGGCACAUACGAACAGAGAGUUGGCUUAGCAUUUUUUCUACAACUUGCUUCGUGCAUUGCUCAUCUCGUUGCAUUCCUCAUUACACUGUUGGGAGCAUUCGCUUCUCUAUCGAAUAAAAAUGUGAGAAAUAAUUCGCUGAAUAUGAGCCAAAUCUCGAAAUCAGCAACUUCAUUUCUUCCUAGAAGUGCACAGCUGGAUUCUUCGCUCGUAUAUCAACCAACAACUGCGCCGGACAUUAUUAAAUCGUCACCAUAUCACAUAAAUUAUCAAAACAGUUAUAUGAAAUUACCAACAACCAGUUUACCUGAUUUGAAUUCAACAAAAUUGCGCAGUGGUAGUGAAACCUGUGUAUAA